GUUUUAGUCUUAUGUCCGCUUAACAUGAAGGUUUUUAGUACAGGCCGAUAGAAAUAGAAUGAUUGAGAUUCGGUGCAAUCCAACAGGCAAUUGUGAAAAGGGUUUAUAAAAACAAGAAAUCCUAGUGUCCAACCGCGGGAAUGAACAAUCAAGAAACUCAACGGUUCAUGGCGGCAGAUGUUUGAAAAGCCGUUGGCUUUAUACUAAAUCCCGGUAACACAACCAUGUACUCGGCCACCCUUCUCAUCACCCCACCGCCACCGCCCACAACCACCACCAUUCGCCAUUCCCCAACAGUCGACAGACUUGCCUUCCUUAUCGACAAGCCCAAAUCUAUCGACCACCUUCUACAAGUCCACGCCGCCCUCCUCCGCCACGGCCUCCACCAGCACCCCAUCUUGAACUUCAAGCUUCAGCGCUCUUACUCCUCUCUCGGUCGACUCGACUAUUCUCUCGCCCUCUUUGAACGUACCCACAACCCCAAUGUGUUCCUCUGGACCGCCAUUGUCCACGGCCACGCACGACGCGGUCUACACGACCAAGCACUCUUCUACUACGUACAAAUGCUGGUUCACGGUGUCGAACCCAAUUGCUUCACCUUCUCUGCGCUCUUGAAGUCCUGCCCGCUUGAACCGGGAAAGGCACUUCAUUCCCAAGCGAUCAAACUCGGGUUCGAUUCGGAUUCGUACGUUAAGACGGGUCUCAUCGAUAUUUAUGCUAGAGGGGGCGAUGUGAUGUCUGCGCAACAGUUGUUUGAUGCUAUGCCUGAGAAGAGUUUGGUUUCUUUGACGGCAAUGAUUACUUGUUAUGCCAAGCACGGGGAGCUUGCCAAGGCCCUAGUAUUGUUCGAAGAGAUGGAGGAGAGGGACGUGGUUUGUUGGAAUGUGAUGAUUGAUGGGUAUACCCAGAGUGGGAUGCCAAAUGAGGCUUUGCUAUUGUUUAGAAAAAUGUUGGCAGGGAAAGUAAAGCCUAACGAAGUGACUGUCCUGUCUGUGCUCUCUGCUUGCGGGCAGCUUGGGGCUUUGGAGUCUGGUAGAUGGCUUCAUUCUUACAUUGAGAACAACAGGAUUAAGAUCAAUGUUCAUGUGGGUACCGCGUUGGUUGAUAUGUACAGCAAGUGUGGUAGUUUGGAGGAUGCGCGGUUGGUUUUUGAUAGGAUCAAGGACAGGGAUGUCGUUGCCUGGAAUUCAAUGAUUGUGGGGUAUUCAAUGCAUGGAUUUAGUCGAGAUGCUUUGCAGUUGUUUAAUGAAAUGUGUGGGAUUGGACACCGCCCUUCUGAUAUAACCUUCAUCGGCAUUUUGGGCGCUUGCGGUCAUGCUGGUUUGGUAAGCGAGGGAUGGAGUUUUUUCCGUUCAAUGAAAGACAAAUACGGGAUUGAGCCAAAGAUUGAACAUUAUGGGUGUAUGGUAAAUCUUCUUGGGCGUGCUGGCCAUUUAGAAGAAGCAUAUGCGCUUGUCAAAAACAUGGAGACUGAGCCAGAUCCUGUCAUAUGGGGAACUUUGCUUGGGGCCUGUACGCUCCAUGGUAACAUUGCUUUGGGAGAGGAAAUUGCAGAGUUUCUGGUUGGCAAGAACCUUGCCAAUUCGGGAACAUAUAUUCUUCUUUCGAACAUAUACGCAGCCACUGGCAACUGGUAUGGUGUAGCAAGGGUGAGGACCUUGAUGAAAGACAGUGGGAUACAAAAGGAACCUGGCUGUAGCUCAAUUGAAGUAAAUAAUAAGGUACACGAGUUUCUUGCUGGAGAUAGGAGACACCCAAAGAGCAAAGAAAUCUACAUGAUGUUAGAGGAGAUAAAUGGUUGGCUCAAGGCUCACGGUUACACCCCACAGACAGAUAUCGUGUUACAUGACUUGGAGGAGAGACAAAAGGAGCAAUCCCUUGAAGUUCAUAGCGAGAAGCUGGCUAUUUCUUUCGGGCUCAUCAGUACUCGUCCGGGGACUACAAUCAAGAUUGUAAAGAACCUCCGUGUAUGUUUGGACUGUCAUGCUGUGACCAAGUUGCUUUCAAAGAUAACCGGACGUAAGAUUGUGAUGAGGGACCGCAACCGGUUUCACCACUUUGUGAACGGUUCAUGCUCUUGUGGGGAUUACUGGUGACUCGGUAAUUUAUCAAUUUCGGCUGCUGAAAGAGGUUCUUCUUCAGAAUAACUUCUCUGCAGGCUCUUCUACUACUGUUUAUUGGCAGUCAGACUAGUGUAAAAUAUGAAUAUCUUCCGACACUAAUUGCUAUUAAAUUCUCCAAA